CUGUCUGCCUAGUUUCCUACACUGUAAAUGCAGGUACAACACGAGGACUAACAAAGUCCGCACUUGAGUACUCAGCACCAACCAGCCCGCCAUGUUAGCUAUUAUUAGGGGUGUCCCUCUCACAUCUAAGAAUGCGGACAGCAUCUCUGGAAGGUGAGGAAGACUGAGGUGAGAUGAGGCCUCCCCGAAGAGGUGGCGAUGAGAGUCGGAGACCUGACCAUGAGUGGGAGCAAACUAGAUGAAAGGAGAUCUGUGUGUGGGAAGAGUUCCCUUCGCAGGAAGGCUGGUCCAUGCUGAUCUCCCCCCUGCCUUCGCUUUGUUCCAGCACCUCGACUACAGACUUCACUUCUCUGAUGCAGAACAAGAACCUGAACGGUGCGCCCACGAUCACCAACCCCGUGAAAACAGCCAACCACCAAGACAAGCAGCACCCGUCCCAGGAAAAGCCACUAGUCCUGGCGUCCGGCCCCAGGAACCGGGAACUGAACAGAAAGUACAAGUCCCACCACGACCAAAUGAUCUGCAAGUGCCUGUCUCUGAGCAUAUCUUACGCCGCUACCAUCGGGGGCCUGACCACCAUCAUUGGCACCUCCACCAGCCUCAUUUUCUUGGAACACUUCAACAACCAGUAUCCAGCCGCAGAGGUGGUCAACUUUGGCACCUGGUUCCUCUUCAGCUUCCCCAUCUCCCUCAUCAUGCUGGUGGUCAGCUGGUUCUGGAUGCACUGGCUCUUCCUGGGCUGCAAUUUUAAAGAGACCUGCUCUCUGAGCAAGAAGAGUAAGACCAAAAGGGAAGAGCUGUCAGAGAAGAGGAUCCGAGAGGAAUAUGAAAAGCUGGGAGCCAUUAGCUACCCUGAAAUGGUGACUGGAUUUUUCUUCAUCCUGAUGACGGUGCUGUGGUUCACCCGGGAGCCUGGCUUUGUUCCUGGCUGGGAUUCUUUCUUUGAAAAGAAAGGCUACCGCACGGAUGCCACGGUCUCCAUCUUCCUCGGCUUCCUCCUCUUCCUGAUUCCGGCGAAGAAGCCUUGCUUUGGGAAAAAGAAGGAUGGGGAGGACCGGGAGCCCUCGCUGAGGAUGGAGCCCAUCAUCACGUGGAAGGACUUCCAGAAGACCAUGCCCUGGGAGAUUGUCAUCCUGGUGGGAGGAGGCUAUGCGCUGGCUUCUGGCAGCAAGAGCUCUGGCCUCUCCACAUGGAUUGGGCACCAGAUGUUGUCCCUGAGCAGCCUCCCACCGUGGGCUGUCACCCUGCUGGCCUGCAUCCUGGUGUCCAUAGUCACAGAGUUUGUGAGCAACCCAGCCACCAUCACCAUCUUCCUGCCCAUCCUGUGCAGCCUGUCUGAAACGCUGCACAUUAAUCCCCUCUACACCCUGAUCCCAGUCACCAUGUGCAUCUCCUUCGCAGUGAUGCUGCCUGUGGGCAAUCCCCCCAACGCCAUCGUCUUCAGCUACGGGCACUGCCAGAUCAAAGACAUGGUGAAAGCUGGCCUGGGGGUCAAUGUCAUUGGCCUGGUGAUAGUGACGGUGGCUAUCAACACAUGGGGAAUUAGCCUCUUCGACCUGGACACUUUUCCAGCCUGGGCUAUGGCCAGUAACAUCACUGAUCGGACCUAACACAAGUGGGCACACGGCCCAACCAGAGGCACUGCCAGCACUUAGCAGAAUCUGACCAACAAACAGGCCACGCAGAACACCAGGAGCACAGCACCCCCACCAGAAGAGUCCGCCAUCUUCCACCUCAAGUGCGGUUCAGGACUCGCACAACCAAAGCCCGAGAAAACCUACCCCUUUCUCACUUGUUUGUAUCUAGUCUCUGCAAUCGAUCCUGCGGAAGACAGGAAGAGGCGAAAGCCUGCCCCAGCUGCCCCUCAGAGGCUAAGCCCCACACUGCCGAGCCUCACUAAGUUUGAUGUUGUUCUUAAUCCCUUUUUAGGAGUUGAAGGAGAAAUCCAAAUCUCCUGCCUAUGCACAGCAAAACCAGCGGCAUCUCUUUCGUAGGAAAAUCUCACCUAGAACUUGAGACCUUACAUCAGCUCCUUUCUCUUAAGAGUUUCUGUCCUAAGUUCUCUACAAAAAGGCAAUUCUUAGUAAGCCCUCUUUGUGGCAGUCACAACUCUUAUCGCUGCUCUGAUUCCAUUUUAAGCAUCUCUCUUCAACGGCUUCUCUUUACUUUGGCACCAAAUUCCUAUAAAGUAACUGUUCCCCUUUCCAUAAAGGCUGGUGCUGUUCUCUCUGUCAACGGAAAAGGAAGCAGAGAAAGAAGACACACUGUGAUUAGCAUCUCUCUUCACUCAUCACGAGCCAUCAGUACCACUGUGCUGGUUAAGUGUUGGGAAGGAGGAAAAUUUUCAUACUUGUCUUAUUAAGGAGGCCAAAACUAUAAUUACGUCUACAGCACUAUUAAUGAUAUUUGACUGGCUUUCUUCUGGAUGUAAUUAGUUCAUUUCUGAGAAGACAGGUCCAGAAAGGCCCAGACCCAUUAGUCACUUUCUACAAGUAGAUGAGCCCUUUGAGGGGAGUGAUAUCCUAUGUCUCUGAAAAUCCCAGCUACUUAUACUACCUAGUAAACUGAAACUGCUUAAUAAAUGUUUCCCUUGAGAAAAUCA